GUGUUUCUCCUGUAUAUUCUGCAUACUAAAUUUUAACUUGGUUGUUUGUUAUUUCCUUUUAGAGAGUCUGUUUUUGAGUGAGGAGUUUGAUUUCGUUGGUAUUUUUGAAGACGAUCAAGGGGCAAUGGCAAAGUCAAAGAACCACACCAAUCACAAUCAAAACCGCAAGGCUCACCGAAAUGGAAUCAAAAAGCCAAAGCGUUUCAGGCACGAAUCAACUCUUGGUGUUGAUCCCAAAUUCCUGCGGAACUUGAGAUUCGCCAAGAAACACAACCUAAAGCCAGCUGAACAAUUGAAGCGGGCAGCCGAGAGGAAAGCAGCCAGAGAAACCAAGAUUGCUGAGAGAAAAGCAGCAAAAUAGAUUAAUUGUUUUAAAAUAAAAUAAUUUUUAAAUAAUUUA